UCGGGGGUCUUAUUCGGUCGGAUUAGCCCCGGCCCCGGCCGCGUUUCGGACGUCCGGGCCGAGGCGGUGGCGGGACUGAGGGUGGCGGAAGAAGUUGUGGGGGGACCCGGCCCGCGGCGCUCGGGCCCGGGGAGCUACGCCCUAGGCUGGCUCCCAACCCUCGGAAAGGACGCGUUUUGCCGCACAGGCUAAGAUGGCGGCUGCUGCCGAGGAGGCGGAGUUGCGGCUGCACAAGGAGCCCGGGCCGCGGGGUCCGGGAGGCGGCGGCCGCGGGGGGCCGCGGAACCUUAGGUCUCAUUCCCUGACCUUUGUGUCCCUGGGAGCUUAAUCUCUGCCAGAGGAAAGCAGUUGUGGCUGUCACGAUCCUAUCCCAGAUGCAAGACUGGAAAAUUCAUCCUUUUACAGCACACUGAUGUGAUAAAGAAAAAAAUCUCAGUUGGUAACAGAAGAUCCAGGUAUUGCCAUUGUCCAGAAUGGUCACAUCUUAAAUGGUUGACAGUGUACCAUGUGUUAAAGUUUGUAUCCUCACCAAUGCUGCUUUCUGUUUCUGUUUUAUAGUAGCCGGCCUACUGACUGUGGGGAUUUGAAGUAUGCAUGCACAGAGCUGUCUGUGCUCCCAAGCAGCUGUAGUAGUAAUUAUGAUAGUUAGAUACAUGGAUGAAGGCCAGUCGUCCAUCGUCUCAUACAAGAGUGAGGAAGGAAGUGUGUACAGAGUGGACUGCUUGCUGUUCAGCUUUCAGCUGAGACUACAUGGAUGAACAUGGCGGACCUUAUGCUGAGGGAAAAAAAGGAGCCAACGAAAAGACCGCGCAUGGCUUCCCAUGUGCUUGAUUUAAAUUUGGAUGAGAUUAUUCUUGCAUCAAGAUGUUAAUAAGCCAAAAUUUAGACUAAAUGUGUUAAAUGGUCUUGCCAACAAUAUGGAUGAUUUGAAGAUAAACACCAACAUUACUGGUGCUAAAGAAGAACUCCAAGAUGACAACAAUUUUAUCUCUGAGAAAGACAGUGGAGUUCAUAAACCAAAAGAUUGUCAGACAUCAUUUCAGAAAAACAGUUCAUUGACUCUAUCUGAAGAAUUGUCAGAGGAUCAAUCAGAAAAAGCCUUAGGUGGAGGCCAGUCUGCUUUGUUUAUCCCUGCCGGCACUCCUGCUGUUCCUAGUGAAAACUUUACCUUGCCCACAGGAGCUGUUGUUAAUGGACCAGUCUCACGAUCCCCCUCCACAAAGACUUCCAAUAUGAAUGAAGGUAGUGUUUCAUUAACCACUGGACAGCCUGCAGAUCAGCUAACAACAGAAUCUUGCUCCACUUUGAAGACAGCAGCUGAUCAUCAGCUGUCUACACCACAAAAAGCAAGCCAACACCAAGUUCUGUUUUUGUUAUCAGAUGUAGCACAUACUAAGAAUCCAACCCAUUCCAUUAAAAAGGUACCUACCUCUGCUUUAGUUGGUUGUGAUGUUCAGAAUUCAGUAGGGGAUAGCAUGAAGUCAGAGAGCACUUUAAUAAGUCAAGCAGAGGUGGGUCAGGGCGACGCCGCCACAGUGGUCAGAGACAACUGUGUUGGCGCGUUAGCAGUGAUUUCCUCAGGUACAGACGAGUUUAGGUCAGAAAAUGAUACAAACUGGGAUCCCCAAAAAGAGUUCAUUCAGUUUCUUAUGACGAGUGAAGAGGCGGUGGAUAAGCCCCCAGCUCAUUCUAAAGUAGUAGGUCUAGAAAAAAAGAGAAAGAGAAAAAUGGAUGUGAGCAAGAUCACUCGCUACACAGAGGACUGCUACAGUGACUCAGGCCGUGCACCCGGGAAAUCAAAAACUCUUCAGGUUGACUUUCCAGGGCAAAAUGAGGAGAUACAAGCAAUAGACUCACAGAGCUACACAUUAUCAAAAGUGAAACCUGAGUCAGCUGAUGGAGACUUGGAGUCUGUGGACACUUUUCAGCAUCUAGUUUAUAACUCAGAUAAAUGUGGAGAAGAUAAUUCACCUGUUCAUACUCGCACUUUAAUUUCAAACACCUUAAAAAAGAAAUGUGAAGAGAGUGAUCCUGAGUCACCUGUUGCUUUCAGUACUGAAGAGCCAUCAUUCUACCCUUGUACAAAGUGCAAUGUGAAUUUUAGGGAGAAAAAGCAUCUCCACAGGCAUAUGAUGUAUCAUUUAGAUGGGAAUAGUCACUUUCGCCACCUUAAUGUCCCCAGGCCAUAUGCUUGUAGAGAAUGUGGACGGACAUUUCGAGAUCGUAAUUCACUGCUAAAACAUAUGAUCAUUCACCAAGAAAGACGGCAGAAGCUGAUGGAAGAAAUUCGUGAGUUAAAAGAGCUCCAGGAUGAAGGCAGAAAUGCUCGACUACAGUGCCCUCAGUGUGUGUUUGGUACCAAUUGCCCUAAGACGUUUGUGCAACAUGCUAAAACCCACGAGAAAGACAAAAGGUACUACUGCUGUGAGGAGUGUAACUUCAUGGCAGUGACGGAGAAUGAGCUGGAAUGCCAUAGGGGCAUUGCCCAUGGAGCAGCAGUGAAGUGUCCUGUCGUGAGUUCAGAAAUAACCCAGAGAAAAACACAAAAGAAGACUUCAGUGAAAGACUCUGUUAUAGGAUCAUCCAAAAAACCUGCUACUUUCCCAUGUAAGAUGUGUCCCUUCACUACUUCAGCCAGAAGUACUCUGAAGAAGCACAUGGAGUAUUUGCACUCCUCCUCGUGUGUCGAUUCCUUUGGUAAUCCACUUGGACUUGACAAAAGAAAAAGUGACAGCCUCGAGGAGUCUGUAGAUGUCGAUAGCACCAAGUCAUUAGCUAAACAGCAGCCAAGUACGUUUCCAAAGAACUCUGCUUUAAAACAGGAUGCUAAACGAACAUUUGGAUCAAGCUCACAUUCAAGUAAUUUUUCAAAAUUUCAUAAGCGUCCACAUAGAAUACAAAAAGCCCGGAAAAGCAUUGCCCAAUCUGGUGUAAAUGCAUGCAGUCAAAAUAAGUCUCCUCACAAGAACGUUAUAGUUAAGAGCAGCACUGACCAAAAACCAAAGUAUUUCCAUCAGGCCCCAAGAGAAAAACCUAACGCCAGGGCAGACAGCAGUUAUUUAUAUAGACACAAGUAUGACAACUACCGGACGAUCAGAAAAUCAGGUGACUCAUACCCACUUCCUUUCAAAAAAGAGGUUAAUUCAUUAAACUCUUUACAUCUAUUUUCAUCAAGUAACUCUCAUAAUAAUUUUAUUUCAGACCCUCAUAAUGCAGAUACCAAAAGGCCAGAAAACGAGAAAGACCACAAGCGCGUAGCUGUAAAAAGAGUAGUUAAGGCUUCAAAGAAGGAAAGCUCUGCUGGAGAGGACCUGGAUAGCUAUCCCGACUUUCUGCAUAAAAUGACUGUUGUUGUUUUGCAAAAGCUUCAUUCUGAUAAGAAAGAUAGUUACGAAACAGAAGAUGACAGCUCCUGGGAUAACGUUGAGUUAGGUGACUACACUACACAGGCCAUGGAAGAAGAAGCCUACAGUGACCUUAGUCAAGAACAUGUAAAUUUAUUGCCCCUGUUUAAAAGCAAGAUAGAGGGCCAGGGCCCUGGAGACAGUGCUGCCCUGAGUUACGAUCAGAAUGAUGGCUUCUACUUUGAAUAUUAUGAAGAUGGUGGCACUAACAGCUUUUUACAAGAUAUACAUGAUCCUCAGCAUUUGGAAAACCCAGAAACGCCUUUGUCAAAGCAUAGUUCUGUUUUUCAUUGGACUGAUUUGUCUCUUGAGAAGAAAUCAUGUCCUUAUUGCCCAGCAACAUUUGAAACAGGUGUUGGGUUGUCAAAUCACGUCCGAGGACAUCUUCACAGAGCAGGAUUGAGCUAUGAAGCCCGUCAUGUUGUAUCACCAGAACAAAUAGCCACAAGUGACAAGAUGCAGCAUUUCAAAAGAACUGGCACUGGGACACCUGUGAAACGAGUUAGAAAAGCUAUAGAGAAGUCUGAAACUACUUCCGAACAUACUUGUCAGCUCUGUGGUGGUUGGUUUGACACAAAGAUUGGGUUAUCAAAUCAUGUCAGAGGCCAUCUGAAAAGACUUGGGAAAACUAAAUGGGAUGCUCACAAAUCUCCAAUCUGUGUUCUGAAUGAGAUGAUGCAAAAUGAAGAGAAGUAUGAAAAGAUCCUGAAGGCGCUCAACAGUCGCCGCAUUAUCCCCAGACCGUUCGUAGCUCAGAAACUCUCCUCAGGCGAUGACUUCUUAUCUCACAAUGUCUUACCUCUUGAUGAAUACCACAAUGGCCUAAAGACAGAGGCUCUCUCAGUGUCUGCAUCAGAGGAAGAAGGGCUGCAUUUCUUAAGUGAGUGUGGUGAAAGAAAGCCUGAACUGCCCAGUGGGAGAAAGAACCAGUCUCUUACACUGAUAGAACUUCUUAAAAGUAGAAGGCUAGGCGAAGAAAGGAAUUCGGCUGUUUCUCCUCACAAGAUCCAUAACCAGACAGCAAGAAAGAGAUUUGUUCAGAAAUGUGUUCUUCCAUUAAAUGAAGACAGUCCGUUGAUCUAUCAGCCACAAAAAAUGGACUUGACUAUGCACUCAGGUGUGCCUGUGAAGCUCACAUGUGUGCAUUGCAAUACGGCGUUUACAAGUGCUGUUAGCCUGUCCAACCACUCACGCGCUUGUGCACGAAGGAAGAGUGCUGGACUUGUGGCUGGUGCAGCCAUAGAUUGUAAGCAGAAGAAAUCAAGGUCAAGAUCUGGAAGCAAGAAGAAAAUGCUAACAUUACCUCAUGGUGCUGACGAGGUUUACAUUCUCCGAUGCAGGUUUUGUGGCCUAGUCUUUCGGGGACCAUUGUCUGUUCAGGAAGACUGGAUUAAGCACUUACAGCGUCACAUUGUAAACGCUAAUCUUCCACGGACUGGAGCUGGCAUGGUGGAAGUCACAUCACUACUUAAAAAGCCUGCCUCUAUCACAGAAACGUCAUUUUCUUUACUAAUGGCAGAAGCAGCAUCAUAGAACCAGGAAUCCUUUUCAAUAGCAAAUUUAAUUGGAUGUAAAUUUAAAAUUUCUGUCUUUUUUUUUGUAAGCCACAUGAAAGUAUCGAUUAUAAAUACUAAAGUAGAAAGAACAAGGGACCGUAAAUUAGAGUGGCAUCAGAGCAAACAAUACUUCAGACAAGACAGUAAGUAGUCAUAUAUUUUAUAUAUGGUGGAGAUGUGUUCUUAAGGUUUACUAAGUUUUGUUGGCUGAGUUUACUCAACUAAAGGUCCUACAUCUGAGAGCCAUUUGUAAAGUGUUGCACAUGAAUCCUUACAGACAGACUUACUGAAAGAUUAUGUUCUCUACAGUGUUACCAGAAUCAAGGCUCUGGUUUUUCCCCACACUUACAUAGAAAAAUAAGAUAUUAUAUUUUGUUGGUAUGUAUUUAGUGUUUUGUAUAAUACCAGGAACUCCUAACUAAAUUUACUCAACUUAGGGCAUUAAAUAUCAUGUACUUCAUAGUUUGAGACUGUUCCCCCAAAUAGGGCAGAGUACUAUUCUAUCUAGAUGUUAAGUGUUUUUUUUUUUUUUAAAUCAUAAUGGAACGGUUUUUUUAUAUAUAUAUAUAUAUAUAUAUAUAUAUAUACAUAUACAUAUAUAUAUACUAAAAAGUUGGAGGGAGAUUUGUUUAAACAAGUAUUUCUAAAAGAAAUAUUGUAUAUAGUCCUGGAAAUUAUUUGUGGUAAGGAAAUAUUCUUUAAUCCAGUUGCAUUUCUCAGACAAUGAAGUGGUGCGUCCAUGCUACCUCCUGCUUUGUCAACAAAGAUGCUAUUUACCCUUUCCAUUUGUAUCAUAAUAGAUUUUAAAAAUCUAAUGUUCUUUAUUGCAAGACAUACUUUUGUUAACAGAUUUGUUUCUUUGUAACGUUUUCCGUAAGUUUGACAUGCUUACAGGACAGGGUUGUCUCUUUAUUUAACAUUGUAGAAAUGUAAUUAUUAAACAAGGCUCACUACACAACUUAGAAUAGGCUUUCUCAUUUAUAUUCCAAAUUUGAUCAUUUAGCAAAACUAUUGAUACACAAAAUAUUUCUACAUAUGAUGAGAAUGUUUACAAUUUCAAUUUUAGAACUUGUUUUUGGAUGUGAUUCUAUGUAUGAAAAUUGUGUAACACUAUGCUCAUGCUAAGAACCGACAUAACAGAAUUACUGAAAUAAAUGUGCUGUGAGGAAUGGACAGUACGGUGCAGGUGUCUUGGUCAUGAUAAACUGUGAUGAUUCUUUUAAACACUUUCCAAAAACAACUUAGUUCCUUUCAUCCUGAAUGAGCGUCGUUUACAAACAGCAGUUUGUAUGCAAGCACCAUUCCGCUUCAUUUCAUGGUGUUGCUAAUAUAGUUGAACCAAGGAUAUGCAUUGAUACUUUUCAUCAUUUGUAAAUAAAGUUAAAAACAGUUAAACAAAGGAGUGUUGGUAGAGGUAUAUGUAGAUAUAUCUCACUGCCAGUGAAAUUACUUUCCUAUGGUAUAUCUCCUUGCCAGAAAUCACUAAAUAAAAAGACUUCAAGAAUUACA